AAAGGAGGCGAUUCAAUCCUAUCGUGGCGACGUCCCGAACAUCCGAGCUUCCGAGCCUGCGGUGAACCGUGCUUCCCAUUCCAGAAGAAAAUUGAACUAACGUUAUUUUAGUAUUAUCGGGAAACUGUCCUCACGUUUUAUAAAUAGAAUAGCGGGAUGGGGCCACGUGUGUGUCUGUUUGUCAGCUCUUGAAUUACCCGUGAUCAUCACGCUUCCGAAUGGACAUGCCGCGAACAAUGCGGUAACCAUCCAAGCGAGGGGCAUGCGAAAGAGGUGCCUGCACCUGUCCAACCGUCCAGUUCUCUGAGCCUUACUACUUCCACAAUGCCUAAUGUGGACUGCUUGGAUGAUUCAUUGUACGCCUCGGGUGGGAAGGGUUCCAUGCGGUAUCUCUUCCUUCAUGGAGGUCAUUCCCAAUUACCCCUUGGUGACAAUGUCUCGGUGGAGGCCAAGGUUCUGGUACAAAAUACUCACGGAGAGAUUAUUUUCGACGACAGCCCAGAUCAACCCACCUCACAGUACCAGUUCCUUAAUCGCAGCUUGAAAUCCGUCAAUGGAAAGGAAGAUGCGUACAUACCAAAGCAGGUCUUCGUCGAGAAGAUGUUGAUCAAUGUUUCUAUCCCCACAUUACUGCUCGCUGAGAUUCCACGGGAUCAGGCAGAGAUGUCAAGCGGUGAAGAUGUAUCUUAUGUCACCCUACUGAUUCUCGGCCGAACCGGUGUCGACCAAGCGUCCUUUCAAGACUAUGAAUACCUCAAAUCCAUGCUCCAUCUAUUCGUUCCCCGAUUUGGACGGGCCAUAUCCCGCAUGAGCGACGCGUACCUCCCCGGGGACGCACUCAAUUUGUCACGUGAGGUUGCCAGUUUGAUGAUGGUUCCGUCUGCAGAUACCAAUAAUCUCCGCACGUUCCUGGGCAUGUAUGCGAAGCGUUACAUGAUUAAAUCGUCUAAUGAGGUAGAGGUACUGGAGCGGUGUUUGUUGCAUAUGUUAAAGAUGCCUUUCGAGCUGAGCUCGGCAAUACGGUAUGGACUUAUUUUACACUGAGCUUGUCACUUCAGCGUGCUGGUGGGGUUAGUGGUAUUUUGAUACAUGGCCACUACUUCGAAUGUAUUUCAUGGAAAUAUGAUACAGCGCAGAGCGUUGUUCUCUUUCCUUUUUGGUUCUGAAUGGUAUGUUAUGUGUCGGGAUAU